UUCUUUUUCCUUUCCUCAACCUAAUUUAAUCCCUUCAUCUCUCUUUCCAAAUACUAUUUUCAUUUCUUCCGAUCGCCGGAUUUCAUGGAAAUGGAAGUGGUUCUUCCACUUCCUCCGGCCGGCGACUUCUUCAACUUCGCCGCCCCUUCCUCCUCCCACUAUUUUACUGCUCCCUCCACCCCUCUCCCGCCUUUUGCUGCUGCCGCCUCCGUUAGUGCUCCGACUAGCCCCUCCCACGUCGCCUCCAACUUCUUCUGCGACCUCGACCUCGAUAUCCCGAUCAGCUCUCCCUCCACCGUUCCUUUCCGGUGGGAGGAGAGGCCCGGAAUCCCCAAAUCGCCGAAAUGCUCCGGAGAAGACUUCGAGUUUGAUUUCAGCGGCCAGUCGGCGAACAAGGCUUCAUUGUCGGCCGACGAGCUCUUCGAUGGUGGUAAGAUCAAGCCGCUCAAACCGCCACCAGGGUUCCAGCAGUCGAGCUUAUCAUCCCCGAGAUCGCCAAAGCUGUCGCCGCGAAACAAGAACGACAUUGACGAAGAUCCAUUUGAAGCAGCGCUGAUAAAAGAGACGAGAAGCCAUAGCAGCAACUACGAGCUUUAUGAUGAUCCGCAGAACAGAGGAAGAAGAGACAACAAAAUCUCAUACAUUUCCUCAAAUUUCGCUCGAAAAGCCACUCGAUCUCUUUCCCCUUUCAGAAUCUCCUSUCAAACCGCCGCGUUCGACGGAGCCGCCGCCGACGCCGUCAAACCCAAGUCGUCGGCAAUUUCUUUUCCCAAAGCCAACAGAUCAAAAUGGAGGCUGAGGGACUUCCUUUUUCGCAGCGCAUCCGAAGGCCGGGCGACGGAGAAGACAAAUUACGUCGUAAUGUCCAAAAAAGUGGACGACGACGUGAAGAAUUCCAGUUUCCGGUCGGCCGACGGCGGCGGCGGUUCGAUAUUUCAUUUCAUGACGCCGAACCGGGCGGUCUCGGAGGAGUUGAAGAAGAAGAGCUUUUUGCCGCAUAGACCGGGUUUUUUGGGCCGGUGCUUGCGGUUUAACCGGUCCGGUGUGCAGGAGAUGUCCAGAGGCAUUGGGUCAUUGACACGUGGAUGAACCGACCAUAUAUUUAUAUAAAUUUUUAUUUUUACUGUCUGGGUUGAUUAAGGUAAGAGAGUUGUUUUUUGAGUGUUUGACACAUUAAUAAAUCUUAAUCAUAUAGAAAUUGGUUGAAGUUGUAAGAAAAUGAAGAUAUAUGGUUAAUAAGAAAGAGUUUGGGAGUGUAUAUAUAUAUAUUUGAAAUUUAUAGGUUAUAUUACAAAUUUGGUUCAUAAACUU